AUGGAGAUGGCAGCUGAACAACAUAAUGACGCUGCAAUUGCUCGUCGACCAACUAAAGAAGAAAAGUUAAAAAAGAGAGUAGAGAUGAGUACUAGAUUUGGUAUAAUAACAGGUUCACUUGUAUCUCUACCUGUAUCUUGGGUAGUUUGUUUAAUGUUACCUCGAGGAGCUAAAAUUAAAUCAAAGCUCAUUGUUUAUUCUGUUACUGCAACUGCUAGUGCUUCCUUUUUUGGAUAUGCACUAAAUACAGCGGCAUAUGGAAUGGAAGAAGUUAGAAAAAUGCAUAAUAUGGUUGAUGAUAUAGACAGAUACUAG